CUGGCUGGAUCUCUCUCUCUCUCGCACUCUCUCUCUGUCUCUCGCACUCAAACAGAUCUAUCUAAAGUACGUCGGUCUGUCUAUCAACGAUGGUGGUCCCUGGCUCUCAACACGCAGAGGAGAAGAUGUAUCAUCCUCCGGAGGGUCUGCAGAAGGAUGCUCAUGUACCUGACUUCAGCUGUUAUCUGGAACUUUACAAGAAGUCUAUUGAGGAGCCGGACGUAUUCUGGAAAGAGGUCGCUAGUGAUUUCUAUUGGAAGAAACCUCCUACGGGUCAGAUUCUGCAGUAUAACUUCGAUGUGACCAAAGGGAACAUCUAUGUGAAGUGCAUGGAGGGAGCCACAACUAACAUGUGCUACAACGUCCUGGACAGGAACGUGAAGGACAAGAACCUUGGUGAACGAGUGGCAUUCUACUGGGAGGGGAACUCACCUGAUCACCACAUGGCCAUCACCUACAGUCAGCUGCUGGGGCAGGUGUGCAGGUGUGCCAAUGUCCUGAAGCAGAUGGGAGUGAAGAAGGGAGACAGGGUGGCCAUCUACCUCCCUAUGAUUCCAGAGCUGGUGUACACCAUGCUGGCCUGCACCAGGAUAGGAGCUGUCCACUCCAUCGUAUUUGCAGGCUUCUCCUCUGAGUCUCUGUGUGAGAGGAUCCUGGAUUCCCAGUGCAGUAUCCUGGUGACUGCAGAUGGUGUACACAGAGGGGAGAAAUGGAUCAACCUGAAGCAGAUAGCAGAUGAAGCUCUGGAAAAGUGCAAGGAGAACAAUGCAGCGACUGUUAAAAGAUGUCUAGUAGUUAAGCAUCACGCACUGAGGAUACAAAGUGGGGAUGUUUCUAACAAACUGCAGACUCCCUGGGAUGCAGCGUGUGAUGUGUGUUGGGAGGAGGUGAUGGGACAGGUCUCAGAGCAGUGUGAACCUGAGUGGCUGGAUGCAGAGGAUCCUCUCUUUAUACUUUAUACCAGCGGAUCUACUGGCAAACCAAAGGGUGUUCUCCACACGGUAGCAGGCUACCUGCUCUACACCUCUCUGACCUUUAAGUGUGUGUUUGACCACCAGCCAGACGAUGUGUACUGGUGUACCGCUGAUAUAGGAUGGAUCACCGGACACUCCUACAUCACCUAUGGACCCCUGGCCAACGGGGCUACCAGCGUACUGUUCGAGGGUAUUCCAGUCCACCCUCACGUUGGGCGUUUCUGGGAGGUGAUUGAGAAGUACAGAGUGACCAAGUUCUACACAGCUCCCACAGCCAUACGCCUUCUGAUGAAGUACGGGAAAGAGCCACUACAAAAAUACGACCUGUCAUCGCUGAGGAUCCUGGGAACUGUAGGCGAGCCCAUCAACCCGGAGGCGUGGCAUUGGUCACCUGUUGAGUACAGCGGAGGUAGAGUCCGCUCUAACAGACCACGGAGCAGUGGCCGAGGCUGCAGUGGUCAGCAGACCCCACGCGGUCAAGGGGGAGUGUCUCUACUGUUUCGUUACUCUGAAGGACUGCAGAGAGUUCAACCGCACUCUGUUGAACGAACUCAAGAGACAAGGUCACCUGUUGAACGAACUCAAGAGGCAAGUGAGAGAGAAGAUUGGUCCGAUCGCCACUCCAGACUUCAUCCAGAACGCUCCUGGACUUCCUAAAACACGUUCUGGUAAGAUCAUGAGGAGGGUCCUGAGGCAGAUCGCCCGGAAUGAGAAGGAUCUAGGUGACCUUUCAACCCUGGCUGACCCUAAGGUCGUGGAGGUGCUGUUCAGCCAGCGGUGGGAGACAGCUGCUUGAGGGGAAGGGGGGCAGCAUGUCAAACACUGUCAGGUGCCGUCCUCUCCUCGUGUCCUCUCCUUCUCUCCUCUCCUUUAUCUUUAUUUUUCUGAAAACGCAGGAUAGGUGAAUUAUAGGAUAUAGACUACGGCGGAUGGGAUAUUUAUGUUCUCUCACCUAUUCAGUUUUGUAUAUCAGUGCAGAUUAAGGAGAGGAGACGCGGAGAGGAGACGCGGAGAGGGGAAGCCAGGUUAGACUAUUUAGAAACACCCAGAGAGGUUCUUCGUCAUGUCCUCUCUCAUGAUGCAUAUGAAUAUGACACUGGUCCUGAGAUCAGUCUCAGGGAUUUUUUUUGUGCUGUGUUUGGGGGUGGGAUUAGGGUUGGGAGGACAGAUCCUAGAUCAGAUUUUAUGGGAAAAUUGACUUUGAGUUAUUAUAUGUAGACAAAAGGAAUACAGACGCAACAGUCCGAUGAAUGUCCAAGCGUUACAUUCCGUUUCUACAUAUUCUUUCCAAACGGGUAAAAAUAAUUUUACAAAUAGUUGUUAAUGCAACAAUGUCAGUCUACUUGUAAUAACGGGUGGGCAGAUAUUGAGGUGAACUGGACCCAGAAUCAGAAUCAGAAUCUUGUUUGUUGCCCGGUAACCUAACCUCUGGGACAUUCUCUCAGUGUAUCAGCCUGUAUCGUCCAUCUUGUUUGUUGCUCGGUAACCUAACCUCUGGGACAUUCUCUCAGUGUAUCAGCCUGUAUCGUCCAUCUUGUUUGUUGCUCGGUAACCUAACCUCUGGGACAUUCUCUCAGUGUAUCAGCCUGUAUCGUCCAUCUUGUUUGUUGCUCGGUAACCUAACCUCUGGGACAUUCUCUCAGUGUAUCAGCCUGUAUCGUCCAUCUUGUUUGUUGCUCGGUAACCUAACCUCUGGGACAUUCUCUCAGUGUAUCAGCCUGUAUCGUCCAUCUUGUUUGUUGCUCGGUAACCUAACCUCUGGGACAUUCUCUCAGUGUAUCAGCCUGUAUCGUCCAUCUUGUUUGUUGCUCGGUAACCUAACCUCUGGGACAUUCUCUCAGUGUAUCAGCCUGUAUCGUCCAUCUUGUUUGUUGCUCGGUAACCUAACCUCUGGGACAUUCUCUCAGUGUAUCAGCCUGUAUCGUCCAUCUUGUUUGUUGCUCGGUAACCUAACCUCUGGGACAUUCUCUCAGUGUUCUAAAUGAUUGAUGAGCUCAGGAUUGAUCAA